GGCAGAGUAGAAACUUGAACCCAAGUGCUAAAGAGUGAAUGUUUGAAUACCCCCCAAAUUCAUAUGGUGAAAAGCUAAUGCCCAAGGUGAUGGUAUUAGGAGGUCGGCCUUUGGGAGGUGAUUAGGGCAUGAGGGCAGAGCCCUCAUGGGAUUAAUACCCUUAUAAAAGAGGCUAUGUUUGGACACAGCAAGUAGGUGCCAUCUGUGAACCAGAAAGCAGGUCCUCACCAGACACUGAAUCUACCUGUGCCAUGAUCUUGGACUUCUCAGCCUCCAGAACUGUAAGAAAUAAAUGUCUGUUGUUUAUUAGUCACCCAGUUUAUGCUUUUUUUUUUUUUAGAGCAUCUCGAAUGAACUAAGACGCCAUGUUUCCUUAUUUCCUACCCAGUGAUCUUAACCUGGAGAUCAAAGAUAUAAAAAUGCUGCUUCUCUGAUUCCCAGGAAAGUGUUAACUUGUCUAAGCUACCACUUUGGGACAAACUCAGAAGCAGAUGGACCAACCUUUUGUGGUCUGAAAGCACCCUGAGGCCAGAGACCCUCUUUUUAGGGUGCCUCAGUCAGACAGCUCUAGAGUUUAGAUCCUGGAGCUGGAAUAAGGUCAAGAAUCCUGGCAGACUCAGGCUGCCUCAGCUGCCUCUUGGGGAGUACCAAGGGGAGCUGAGUGCCAGCCGUGUGUUCCUGAUCGUCUCAGUUUACAGAACGCAUAGCUGGGGCAAGAGACUGGGUCUGAGCAGCGCGGCAUUCUCCCAAUGUCUCCGGCCCCUUCUAGAGGCAGAGGACAGGGUCAGCACCACGGACAGCCCCGCGGUUCAGCCUCCCUUUCGUGUACCAGAGAAGACUGGAGAUCUGGACUAGUCUAGUCUGGGGACCGGCCCUCCAGUCACUGCUGGCUGUUCUAAGCGGGUGAAGGACUUUCGUGGCUCCCAGAGCAAUCUUUACACUCCAGCCAGCCUCAUGCCCCCUUGAGUCUGGUGUUGCUUCCAGCGCUAGCCCCAAAGACGCGAAGUCUCGUGUCCUGUGGCGUGCCCCUCGGGGUCUCGCAACUGGCUGGAGUGGAAGCUGCGGCCGUCAUUGCUCUACAGUCAGUGCAUGUUCCUCGCUGACGUCAGUCGGAGCUGUCCUGGCACUAUAAAAGGCUGGCGGCGGUCCCAGGACAGACCCCAGUUCCCCAAGGCGCCCUCAGCCCGCCCCGAGGGACGAGACUGGAGCUCCGUCCUGCACCGUGCAGACGCUCUCCGGCAACCCGGCCGGUGGCACCAUGAGGCAGGCGGGACGCGCGGCGCUGCUGGCGGCGCUGCUGCUGUUGGCACAGCUGCGCUCGGGGAGCAGCCAGUGGAGCCCAGAGGUGACGGAGGCCGGGGUCCAGGACCCGAGUCUGCGCUGGAUUCCCGGGGUGCGAAACCAGAGCGGCGGGGCCCGCGCGCUCCUCUUGCUGCUGGCGGAGCGUUUCCCGCGCCGCGCGGGGCCCCGCCGAUGGGUAUCUGGGACCGCGGGCGAGCGGCCGCGACGGGACGACCCUCCACUGUCCAUUGACCUCACCUUCCACCUGCUGAGGACCCUGCUGGAGCUGGCGCGGACGCAGAGCCAGCGGGAGCGCGCAGAGCAGAAUCGCAUCAUAUUCGACUCGGUGGGCAAGUGAUCUGCAGGGUCCGGGGCCCCGAAAACCUCGACCUCCAUCCCCCACCCCUGGGCUAGGAAGUGCGCGCCCGGAACUGCCCCAGUCCCACAGCUCUAGAACUGCCCAGGGAUACCCUGAGCACUCUCUGCGUUGCUAGUUUUUAAUAAAAGUGCUGAAGAGCCUUUGGCCUCUGUUGUGGGGGCGCGGGAAGCCCAGCGGGGUGAGAACUGUUGGGAAAGUGGGGACUCCCAGGCCGGCGGGAGGGAACCAGGUGCUGCAGGAGGGCUCCGCGAGAAUGGCUUUCAGCCAAGGUCCUGUGGUCCUCAGCGUCCCCAAGUCCCCCAGGACCUCAAGUCCUGCUACCGCCGCAUCAUCCCCGACCCCUUUCCCUUGGCACUGGGCUCGCGAAUCCGUGCCUGAUA